GGGGGGGGAGCGGGAGCCGACAGGCCUCCCCCACCACUUCUGCUCUCUCUCUCUCUCCCUACCAUUUUUUCUCUUCAAGUUUCUCUCAAAUACACCCACUGUAAAUCACCGAUUUUGCAAAAUCCAACCGCCCGAUCUUCGAUUCGACCGGAUUUUCACCUUGAAAGUGGCCCCGAUCUAGAAGUAGGAGGCUUGUGGUGAGAUCCUUGUGGUGAAGGUGCUUGCGGCAAGAUCCUUAUGACGAGGAGGCUUGUGGCGAAGGUGCUUGCAACGAGACCCUUAUGGCAAACUCCCCGACAACAACAUUUCUCGCAGCAACCCCAUUUUACAAGACACUGAGCUCCAGUUCUGGUAUUAGAAAAGAAGAGAUGAGCGGAACCAUGGAGAAAGGGUCAACGACUACAAAAACUCCAGCAGAUUUUCUCAAAUCUAUUCGUGGGCGACCUGUUGUUGUCAAAUUGAAUUCUGGUGUUGAUUAUCGAGGUAUUUUAGCCUGUCUGGAUGGAUAUAUGAACAUAGCUAUGGAGCAAACAGAAGAAUAUGUUAACGGACAGCUGAAAAACAAAUAUGGUGAUGCCUUCAUUAGGGGAAAUAACGUACUCUACAUCAGCACAUCAAAAAGGACGAUUGCGGAAGGAGCUUAGUUGGCGAUGAAUAUUGGAAACCUGCAAUAUUUUCUGUCGUAGAUUAUGUGGAUCCAGGAAAUGAUUGAGUUGGAAUUUAACUAGAAAGAUCCUAAUUUAGUUGUUUGCGAAUCUUGGUAUCCAUAAACCAGUAGAGUUAUUGAUUUGAAGUCGCCAUAAAAUGAUUCCUUGAGUUAUCAUGUUUCUGGCGAUUUCAAACUUUACCGGAAUUGGUUUCUUUUAAGUUAUAACUGAUGGUUAUGCCUGGGGUUAGUGGUUAACUCUUGCCGUGGCCAUUUUGUUGCAAGAAAUCUGCCAUACCUGUUUGUGACUUGGAACAGAAUGAAGUCAAUUUUAUUGGUUGCCCUAGUUUGUGGCAUUGUUUUCUCA